AUGUCUUCAUCAAUUCCAGUUCAUGCAUCCUCAUCUACACCACCAAAAGUUCAAAAAAAUGUUCCUGGAAGCAUAACUGAUAUUGCUUGGAAGCAUGGUGUCUCUGUUGAUGGAGGAACACGAAAAAUCAGAUGCAAUUAUUGUUCAAAGGAAGUAAUCGGAGGAGUGUACAGGCUGAAACAUCAUUUAGCUUGUACACAGAUAAACGUUGGUGCGUGUAAAUCUGUACAUGAUGAUGUUAAAUUCCAAAUGUGGCAGAUUUUAAAGUCUCUGCAAAACAAUUUGCUAAAAAAAACAGAGGAUACAAAUGAAAUAGUAACAGGAAAGAGGCCAUUGGAGGAUGAUGAUAAUGUUGCGCCUGCAAAAAAAAUUUACGAAGAAGGGCAUGAAUACGCAAUCCACCAUCAACUCCAUCUUCAAAAAGAAUUUGAGAGAAGAAACAUGUCUUGA